AAUUAAUUAGAAUAAUAAAUUUUCUUUGAUUGAUAGUGUAGAAUAAGUAAGUAAAACCAGGUAAUAUUUGGAUAGUGUAUUAAUGAAGUGUCCUUCAACCAGCCUAUAGCUAACACCACAUAGAUCCGGCAAAGCCGAUGCCAGCUGACGUUUGCCAAACUGGAUGAUAGGGCAAAGAAGAAGGUUGCACUGAAAAAUUCUUUACCUUAUCCACCUAUCUGGACGGUUUUGAUUUGCUGAAAGAAUUUCAGCCCACGACCAUUUGCUCUACCCUUCGGCAACACUAAAGAAUUUUUCAUUAAAAUUCUAAUCUAAUGGAGGUACAGUGUGAGAAAUGCAAAUCAUCAGCACUAUUGGCGAGAUGCAUUACUUGCUCACUCUGCGAGAAUCACUAUCAUUAUGAAUGCGUGAAGAUGAACAAUUCCACACCUCAGCCUGAUUGGAAAUGUAAUCAGUGUGCGUCGUCAACACAGACCAAUCAAACAGCUGUGGAUCUACAACAACUACAAGACACGCUAUCGUUGGAGAGGAAAGCUUCCGAUAGACGCUUUGAUCUCUUGCAGAAGCGCCUCGACGCAUUGAGAGCACGAAUUGAGAGGGCACCCAUACCUACAAACAUGAGUACGAGUCAGCUGUUGGUGACAGAAGUGGACCAACCUUCCGACGAUGGAACCUCGCAAAUGAGUAUGAAUGAGAGCAGCAGCACGCUAGAAUCUGGGCUGCAGAGAAUGUUUGCACGGCAGGUUAUUCCAUCGGACUUACCUGUAUUCACGGGAAAACCUGAAGAAUGGCCCAUCUUCAUCAGCUGCUACAACAACUCAACGAAGGCAUGCGGGUUCACCAAUGUAGAAAAUCUCAUGAGAUUACAGCGAUGCCUUCGUGGUCCUGCUCGCCUUGCCGUUGGUAGUAAGCUACUGCUGCCCGAAUGCGUAACUCAAGUUAUCGAGACUCUGCAGUUGCUAUAUGGAAGACCCGAGCUGUUGAUAUCAACUCUCAUCUCUCAGCUGCGUGAGACACCGGCGCCGAGAGAUAAUAAUCUCAACUCGUUGAUCGCCUACGGUUUAGCCGUUCAAAAUGUGUCCGAUCAUAUGAUCGCAGCUGGAUUGGAAUCGCAUCUAAAUAAUCCCUGUCUGUUACAGGAGAUGAUAAGCAAACUUCCAACACACUUGAAACUGCAAUGGGCUACACGCAAGCAAGAAUACGGCACUACAACUAUCGCUACCUUUAGUAAAUACAUGUCCGAGUUGGUGAAGUCUGCGAGUUCGGUUACGUCAGAUAUCACACUGGAACAAAAUAAUGAUCGGGAUGAGAACAGCGACGACAGUGAUGACGACAGAGAGUCAAUUCGAUCCACUCCAAGUAGUAGCCGCCGUGGGAAACGAAAUCGAUGUUAUGUAUGCGGAGAAAGCAGUCAUCGAGUUUCCAAUUGUACAGCUAUCACUUCUAUGCCUGUUAUUAAACGUUGGGAGAUUGUGAAUCAGCUAAAGCUAUGUCCCUGUUGCUUAAAUCGACACUUGCCAUGGCCAUGCAAGACAGUUAAAAACUGCGAUGUACACGGAUGCAGGAUGAAGCAUCACCCGUUGCUUCAUUCAUCGAAUGACGGUGCUACGACAAGUGGAUGUUCUGUUGAUGUAGGUAGCCACAAUCGUACCAUACUAAAAUACAUUCCUGUAACUGUGUACGGAAAAUCCAAAAGGAUUAACACCUUCGCCUUCAUUGAUGAAGGUUCAUCGAGAACAAUGUUAGAAACCGCGCUUGCAGAAGAACUUGAAGUAGAUGGAACACCUGAUACUCUAAGCCUAAAAUGGAUUGAUGGUCAAGUAAAAACUGUUCCUACGAGGAACGUAACUAUCGGUAUUUCUGAGAAAGAUAAUGUGAAUCAAUUUACGUUGACGGAUGUUUGUACAGUUAGUAAUCUUGAUUUGCCAAUUCAAGAUUUCGACUCGAUGAUGUGUGAAUAUCCACUUGCACAAUUGCCACAUCUAAAGUAUGAACGAGCCAAACCGCGUUUAUUGAUUGGUUUAUCUGGAGCAAAAUUAGUAGUACCAACUGAGGUUCAUUUAGCAAAAAAUAGUGGUAUGAUUGGUUUUAAAUGCUCUUUAGGCUGGUCAUUUUACGGAAGUUUAUGAAGUAUUGAAUGAGACGCGAAAUGAUCCCUUUUUUGUUGUAACCCAUCCAAUGAAAUACCGUCUACCCUCGUUGGUUUGACCGCAUGUAAUCUGAACACUUUUUAGUUUGACCCCCUCUAAUCUGCACAUCGUUCAAACUAAAAAUGGUCCAAACGUCAUUCUGCCAAUGGAACGGUGUGAAACGGAACACAGAACCAAAACAAAACACCAAAUCAGGUUGCCAGUAGUGUGUUUUUUGAUGCUAACAGAGUUGCUAGACGUUCAAAUUAAAAAUGAACCCCGUUGGUUUGCAUGAGGUGCCGUUCAAACGAGCGGGGGUAGACGGUAGUUGUGUUACGGGGGGGAGGAUGUUGCGAUAACAUUUCGCGACUGUAUUUUGGCGUAUACAAACCGCUAAGUGGGAACCAAGUUUCUAUCGAGGUUUAGAAUAAGAAACGGAAUAAGAAAUCAAAGUAGUGCACUUGUGAAUUAUAUGCCGCUUGAAGUCACAUCAUUAGGUGGCGCGAAUUAAUUAGAAUAAUAAAUUUUCUUUGAUUGAU